CCAGCAAGUAACCCACAAUCCAGAUAAUAAAUUUUAGAAGAACUAUUAAUUAAAGUUUCACUUACUUUUGUAUAUCUAUAUAUACACAACAUUAUUAUAUGCCUCUUUUGAAAGUCCAAAGUUAACUGCAAUAAACUCAUUGACUAGGAUUAAGUAACGGUUAGCCAAAGAGAAGAACAUCCAAAAGGUCCAAAACCCACAUGCCCCCCUUGUGCUUCCACUUCCCAUAUUUUCAAGAACCGCUUUACCUUUCUCAAUUUUUAAAGUUUGUUUCCCAAAUGUCACAGUUGGAUGGGCUAAUAGAAUCAGACUGAUAUAUUAUUAAACAAAACAAGCCCAAGAAAUUAGUAUAUAGGAAACAAGAACCUUAUACAACUCUACAAAGUACAUACCUUGGUUUACAGAGUAAGGUUUAUAUAUGAAUUGAUUGAGCUAUGCAGAGGGUGGAAUGGAAGAGGCAAUGGGAUUUGGUGGUGGGGUGGUUUGGAGUUGUUAUUCAGAUGUUCUUGCUUGCAGAGAGUUCUGUGAAGACCCCAUUUAGAAGAUUUCCAGGAAGCAUGAACAGUGAAGAUCUAUUGUUGUAUCCACCAGUUCAUCUACAAAUACUGGAUCAGCAUGUUGUGAUGGACAAUGGCCUGGUCAAUGUCACAUUGUCUACCCCACAGGGUAUGGUCACAGGAAUACAAUACAAUGGAAUUGACAAUUUAUUAAUGGAAGUCAAUAAAGGAAGAAAAAGAGGGUAUUGGGAUGUCGUUUGGGACGAUCCAGUACAUCUUGGUGGCAAAUAUGACUGGCUAGAAGGGACAAGUUAUAGUGUUGUAAUGGAAGAUGAAAAUCAAAUAGAGAUUUCUUUUACAAGAACAUGGGAUUCAUCCCUAAAUGACAUAGGAAUGCCCCUGAAUGUAGACAAAAGGUUUAUAAUGCUGCGUGGAUACCCCGGUUUCUACUCGUAUGCAAUACUUGAACACUCCGAGGGAUGGCCUGACAUUAACAUCUACCAAGGGAGGAUUGUAUUCAAGCUUGAAGAAAGCCUGUUUCAGUACAUGGCUGUAUCGGAUGAAAGGCAAAGGAUUAUGCCAACACCACAGGACCGUGAAACCGGCCUAGUCCUUGACUACCCUGAAGCUGUUCUGUUGACAAAUCCAAGCAAUCCAGAGCUCACUGGGGAGGUGGAUGAUAAGUACCAAUAUUCAUGUGAUGACAAAGACAAUCGGGUUCAUGGGUGGAUAUGCUCUAACCCGGCUGUUGGAUUUUGGAUGAUCACACCCAGCGAUGAGUUCCGUACAGGUGGCCCUGUCAAGCAAGAUCUCACCUCGCAUGUUGGCCCAACCACUUUAUCUAUGUUUUUCAGCACUCAUUAUGCUGGGGACAAUCUGACAAUAAAAUUACGAGAUGGCGAGCCAUGGAAGAAGGUGUUUGGCCCUGUUUUGAUCUAUCUAAACUCAGUUUCAGUCGAAGAGGAUGCCUUAACACUUUGGGAAGAUGCCAAAGAACAGAUGCUGAUAGAAACCCAAAGUUGGCCAUAUGAUUUCCCUCUUUCAGAAGACUUCCCUCAUGCUGAUCAACGGGGUACAGUUAGUGGCCGAUUACUAGUCCGUGACAAGUACAUUAAUGAACAACUUAUGACCGCAAACUUUGCUUUUGUGGGGUUGGCUGCACCAGGAAAUGUUGGAUCAUGGCAAAGAGAAAACAAGGGUUAUCAAUUUUGGACUCAAGCUGAUGGUGAAGGGUACUUCUUGAUCAAAGGUGUCCGAGCUGAAAAUUACUGCCUGUAUGCAUGGGUCCCUAGCAUUGUUGGGGAUUAUAGAUACGAUGUUUAUCUCAACAUAACACCAGGAAGACACAUCAGAUUGGGUGUUCUUGUUUUUGACCCUCCAAGAGAAGGCCCUACCCUAUGGGAGAUAGGCAUCCCAGAUCGCACUGCUGCUGAAUUCUACGUGCCUGACCCGAACCCCACUCUAAUGAACCAAUUAUACGUCAACCUUCCAGACAAAUUUAGGCAAUAUGGAUUGUGGGAUCGAUACACAGAAGUUUAUCCUGAUGAGGAUCUCAGCUACACCGUGGGCAUUAGCAAUUAUCAAACAGAUUGGUUCUUUGCUCAUGUUAACAGGAACAUAGGAAAUAAAACAUAUGAACCAACCACAUGGCGAAUCAUAUUUGAUCUCGACAAUGUGCGCGAGACUGCAACUUAUACACUCCAAUUAGCAUUAGCAUCAGCACAUGAAGCUGAGCUCGAAGUUCGGAUCAAUGAUCCAGAUGCAAUGCCUCCUCACUUUACAACGGGGUUCAUAGGCAAGGACAAUGCUAUUGCAAGACAUGGGAUUCAUGGUUUGUAUUGGUUGUACAGUGUGGAAAUAUCAGGAUCUCAACUGGUUUCCGAAACCAACACAAUCUAUCUAACACAGUCGAGAGGUUCAAGCCCUUUCAAAGGAAUCAUGUAUGACUAUAUCCGUUUCGAAGGGCCCCCUGAAACAGAUUAAUAUUGCAUUGCAGAUGUAUAUAUUGCAUCAAUUUUAUUUUAUUUUUUUUAAAAAAGGAAAGAAAGAAAUGUAAACCCCAUAGGUUAACUUAUAUUGCUUUGAUAUCUAUGAUUAAAGGAGUUGAUAAAUAUAGUUCUUUGAAAUGCAUGACAAUAAGUAAGUUGA